UGAUCCUUGCAAUAUGUUAUAUUCAUUAUAAUUUAUUAAUAAAUAUGAAACAUAACUAUCUGAUCACUAGAUCACAUGUGUAUUUAAUUUUUGUCUAACCAUUUGGCUAUAUUAUUUCAGGAUGUUCUGCAAACAAUGUUGCCAUCGUUAGAUACGAUAUCGUACAAGCUCUUUAAUGUUUAUGAAUAUACUUCAAAAAGGACUAGAGUUUCGGAGUCUAAGUGCGUAAAUUAUAUAAUAUUUUGUCAAGAUCCUGAGAUCACGGCAACUAAGUUUGGCAACGCGAUUGAUAGCAGAGUAUUCAUAGUGACAAUUGGAUCCAAAUGGCAAAUACAAGAAUUUUUCAAAAGCCCAGCAUCCCAAAAUAUUAUGAACUUAUUGAUUGCUUCCGCCGGACCAGCCUUACAGGAAAAAAACAAAAAUAUUAAGAGCCGUUCUUAUCAUGUCCUAACCGGAGUUAAGGCUAACCGGCAGAAUUCUAUCGGUAACACAAAAGAAAUUCUGCCAGUUAGCGUUAUGAGACACUUAUAUGAUACUACCGAACCGGACAUUGAAGUAGCUGAUAUCAAAUUAUAUACACAUGAAAUGUACAUAGAUGGCUUAGGAAGUAGCGCCCAAACAAUUUUAACCACGUGGAAACUGAAUAAAUUUACGAGACCGGAGGUUGACUUGUACCCGGUCAAAUUAGUUAAUGGAUUUCGGGGACAUCGAUUUAUUUUGUCUGCCAUUGAAAACCCUCCACUUAGCGUCGACAAAGUUUUGACUCAAGAACAAUCCACGUCGUGGGACGGGGUCGAAAUUCGAUUGUUACAAAUAAUCUCGCGAGUAUUGAAUUUUACAUUGGGAAUACACGAUGCAACUUUUUCAAAAUCCAGGUAA